GUUUCUUCACAAACUCAGUUCUUGCUGUCAAAAAUGCUCGUGGACAACAAAUUCACUAGUAAUUAAGUGAAUGAGAAUCAAAAGAGGUUGAAGAAGAGGAAGGAGAUGCUCGUUUCAGGACUUGAAGAGGCCGGAGUUGAAUGCUUGAAAGUUAAUGCUGGAUUGUUUUGCUGGGUAGACAUGAGAAAAUUUUUAUCAAGGCCAACAUUCGAAGCAGAGGAAGAACUAUGGAAAAGUAUUCUGUACUCUGUUCGGCUGAAUACCUCCCUUGGAUCAUCGUGCCAUUGCUCUGAACCUGGCUGGUUCAGAGUCUGCUUUGCAAACAUGUCUGAAGAAAUGGUGCAUACAGGAAUACAACGUCUGAAGAACUUUGCAGAACUUGUCUCUGAAUCAUAUCUAGUGAGAAAAUAUAAAAGGGGUUUUUCUAUUGAAAGGAGGUUGGUGUUUGAGAAAGGAGAUCCUCAGGUUGCAAGGGGGAUUCCAUCUCUGGAGUUGUCAUUGUUAGGUAUAGCUCUGAAUAGAGGAUUUUUGUUAGGAAUGGUGAAGGAGAUGGAGGAAGCUUGAUCCCGUGGGUGAGAUUCCUUCCAUCAGAUCCAGAUCUAUUUUUCUUUCAAAAAUCCGUUGUGCAUGUUUUUAUUUUUUUUGUGGGUUUUUGUUUGUUUUUAGAUCUGAAGUCAAGAUUGUAUAUGUUUCGUGGGAAAAUGAAUGAAAAAGAAAAAUUGUCUAGUUUAUUUCUUGAUGAAUAUGUUUAAAUGUUUAUCUUUUUGCUGAAAAUGAGAAGUAUAUAUGAUGAACCCUAAAUUUCUCUUUAUGUCGUCUGGAUUUUGGUUUUGCUUAAGGUUUGAUCUGUUUUGUGUUCAUUUGUUGAUGGAUUGUGUUUUUGGAUUGAGUCAAUUCAACCCAAUCUAGUUAAAAAAAAAAAAAUUAAAAG